AUGAUAUCUAAGACUAGUGAAUCUGUGCUUAUCGUUUCAUCAAGUCAGACAAAGCCACCAUAUGUAUUAUAUUCACAACGAUUUUAUGUUUUACUUAUCUUUUCAUUUCUUUCUUUUAAUCAAUGUCUUAUAUGGUUAACAUUUGCACCUAUUGCAAGAAGUACUGAAGCUUACUAUAAAAUUAGUGAAGCUACUGUUGAUCUUCUUCUUAAUUGGGGACCAAUUAUUUUUAUUCCAUGUUUACCAUUAACUUAUAUAUUACUAAAUAAACAUCAUGGACUUCGACGUUGUAUUGUAUUACUUUCAAUAACUGAUUUUAUUGCAACACUCGUUCGUAUAAUUCCAAUUAUUAUUACAACACCAUCAAGUCCAAAUUUUAGUAGGAUUUCUUUAAUAUUUUUACAUGUUGGUCAAAUAUUAAAUGCAACUUGUGGUCCAUUAGUUAUGGCACCUGUUUCACAACUUUCAUGUCUUUGGUUUGCUCCUCAUGAACGAACACGUGCAACAACGAUUGCUGUGUUUGCUAGUAAUUUUGGUUGGAGUAUUGGUUUUGUAAUCAGUCCAUUUAUUGUUUCAUCAUGUGAUUAUAUUCCUUAUCUUCUUUAUGUUCAUUUGGGUCUUGCAUUUAUAGCCUGUGUUCUUGCUCUUCUCUUUUUUCCUUCUCAACCACCAAGUGCUCCAUCAGCAGCUGCUGAACUACUUAUUCAUUAUUCACUUAAUGAACAUAUUUAUUUAUAUACCCUUACCGUUACCACAGGCGGUAAUGAACAUAAUAAUAAUUCAUGGAAAAAAUUUGUUAAUGAUAUUUGGCAAUGUUUAACAACACCAUCAUUUGUACUUAUAUUGAUAGCUGGUGGUCUUCUGCCUGGUACAAGUGGUGCAUGGACCAGUUUAUAUGAUGUCAUUCUUAAACCUGAAAACUAUACUGAACAACAAGCGGGAUGGUUUAGUUUUGGUUCAUCAAUAGCUGGAAUUAUUGGUGGAUUAUUUUUAAGUUUUCUAGCUGAUAGACGUCGUUUUCAACAUUCAUUAAAAACUCUUAUUGUAAUUACAUAUAUUGGUUGUUUAUUUGCUAUUAUUUGGUUUGAAUUAUCUGUUCAAUCAUUUUUUUUUGAUAAACCAAUUCUUCCAUCAAAUGCUGCUACUAUUGGUUUAUCGACAGCAUUAGUUGGAUUAUUUUCAGGAGCUGGAUUUCCAUUAAUAUUUGAAGCUCUUGCUGAAAUAAUGUUUCCUUUACCUGAAUCAUUAUCAGCAUCAAUUCUUGUUGAAUGGACUAAUGUAAUUACACUUAUUCUUUUAUUUAUUGCUCCUAAUCGAUAUAAAUUAAUGAAUAUACUUGUAUUGAUUGUAACGAUGGUUUGCAUUUUAAUAAUAGCAUUAGCACGAUUUACUUAUACAAGACGUGAUGAAGAUGAAAGAAAACGACUUGAAAAAGAACAAAAUCAAAUCUUAAAUGAAGAUAGUUUAAAUCCAUAUAAUAAAUGUAUAACUAAUGAAUCACAAUAUGGAACAUUUUCAUGA